AUGGUCGCUAAAGGAAAGGCCGCGAAGAAGGAGGAGGUCAUCGAGAAGAAGGAGGAAGAAAAGAAGAUCAACACCGAGGAAUCUGGAGACUCCUCCGACGACGAGAACGUCCCCGACCUCGAGGAGGGCGAACUCAACGAGGACCAGAAGAGGCUCGCGGAGGCCAUCGGUGGUGACCAAAUCGACAAGGCCGGCAAGCAGAGCCGCUCGGAGAAGAAGGCCCGCAAGCUCUUCUCCAAGCUCGGGCUGAAGCCCGUGCACGGUGUCUCGCGCGUCUGCAUCCGCAAGUCCAAGAACAUCCUCUUCGUCAUCAACAAGCCCGACGUGUACAAGAGCCCCGGCUCGGACACCUACAUCGUCUUCGGCGAGGCCAAGAUCGAGGAUCUGUCGCAACACGCCCAGAUGAGCGCCCUGGACCGCAUCAAGCCGACCGAUGAGCCGGCUGCUCGUCUCCCCCCUGUCCAAGAGGACGAGGAUGACGCUGCUGAGGAAGACCCGGGCACGAUCGAGGAGAAGGACAUCGAGCUGGUCAUGUCCCAAGCGACCGUAUCCCGUAACAAAGCCAUAAGAGCCCUCAAACAAUCCGACAACGACAUCGUCAACGCCAUCAUGAGUUUAACAAUG